CCCCCGCGGCGCUGCACAGUCUAGGUCUGGCACCGCCUGUUGCGGGCGCGUUCCUGUCUCCGCCGCUGCCGCCUCUGCUCUUUUUCCGCGUCUGGGCUGUCCGCCCGCAGCCAUGAGCACGCUCGGCCCCGGUGGAGCCUGCUGCCCUCUAGAUUAGCCGCCGCCGCCUCCUGAGAUCCGCCUGCAGCAUGGAGUCGCCUGCUUCGAGCCAGCCCUCCAGCAUGCCCCAGUCCAAAGGAAAACCCAAGAGGAAGAGGGAUUUACGGAUAACCUGUGUGUACAAGACCCCUGCGCUCAACCCCACACCGCCCCGGAACCUGGACUCCCGGACUUUCAUCACCAUUGGAGACCGAAACUUCGAGGUGGAGGCUGAUGACCUAGUGACCAUCUCAGAGCUGGGCCGUGGAGCUUAUGGGGUAGUAGAGAAGGUUCGACAUGCCCAGAGUGGCACAAUCAUGGCUGUGAAGCGGAUCCGGGCCACUGUGAACUCCCAGGAACAGAAGCGUCUACUCAUGGACCUGGACGUCAACAUGCGCACAGUCGACUGCUUCUACACUGUCACCUUCUACGGGGCCCUCUUUAGAGAGGGGGAUGUAUGGAUCUGCAUGGAGCUCAUGGACACAUCCCUAGACAAGUUCUACCGGAAGGUGCUGGAGAAAAACAUGACAAUUCCAGAGGACAUUCUGGGGGAAAUCGCUGUGUCUAUCGUGCGUGCCCUGGAGCACCUGCACAGCAAGCUGUCUGUGAUCCACAGAGAUGUGAAGCCAUCCAACGUGCUGAUCAACAGGGAGGGCCACGUGAAGAUGUGCGACUUUGGCAUCAGCGGCUACCUGGUGGACUCUGUGGCUAAGACGAUGGAUGCUGGCUGCAAGCCCUACAUGGCUCCAGAAAGAAUCAACCCAGAGCUGAACCAGAAGGGCUACAACGUCAAGUCUGAUGUCUGGAGUCUCGGCAUCACCAUGAUUGAGAUGGCUAUUCUACGGUUUCCUUACGAGUCCUGGGGGACCCCGUUCCAGCAGCUGAAGCAGGUGGUGGAGGAACCAUCCCCUCAGCUCCCAGCAGACCGUUUCUCCCCCGAGUUUGUGGACUUCACUGCCCAGUGCCUAAGAAAGAACCCUGCAGAGCGCAUGAAUUACCUGGAGCUGAUGGAGCACCCUUUCUUUACUUUGCACAAAACCAAGAAGACGGACAUUGCUGCCUUUGUGAAGGAGAUCCUGGGAGAGGACUCAUAGGGGGCUGGUUUGGAACCCUACUUUGGCCCUCCAGAACCCCAAAGCUCUCUCUGUUGGGGCAGUGCAUGCCCACAGUCAUAAGCUACUGCCAUCCUGGCCCUGGGUGUUCCGGGAGGAAUUGAGGGGGCUCCUCUCACUUGGCUCUGCAACUAGCCAUUUGCCCCAAGUGCCAAAGAACCAGACCUUCAGGAGCUCCUGGCUGGGCCCGUGUGGGACUCAUUAGUGCCUCUGACCCCACUGCUCCAAGGACCUUCAGUCUCUACCCCAGACCCUGGAUUUGGAGAGACCUGGAUGCUUCUGCCGGAUGCUGCUUCCUCUUGCAGAGAAGCAGCCAGUGCCCAAGUGGUCAAGGUCGCUGCCUCAGCCCAGCUCGGAUGUCACCAAGUUGUAUAUUUUUUAUAUCUCAACUCAAUGGACUUUGCACAUUCUGGACUAGGGUGGCCACACCUUUAUCCUGGCCUCAGUGUGGAGGACACAGUAAGGGGAUGAGCAGUGUGAAUCCCUGCAAGACUCCCACAAGGGAGAUGCCUUGAGCCUCUGAGGCCUUCAUCUUAGCACGGCAGACAGGACCUCCAAGGGGUGCACCAGUCACCUCUAAGGGUGUCUGCUCACCUUUUUUUUUUUUUUUUAAUUUAUCCUCUGUUGACUUUUUCUUUUGCUUUCUAGGGUUGGCUGUUUUUUUCUUGCAUGGUUUGGAGCCCAUCACUUUUCUUCCACUUCCUGGGAUACCAGCAGGGGGAGACCUAUCCCUCUGCCCAAACUGGCUUCCAGAGGCCGACCUCAGGUCUCUGCUCAGAGUGUGACUGGGAGCUGUUCCCUCACUCUUUUGAGAGUGACCAGCUUCAUGGGGGAUGUGGAUUUGCUUUGGUGUUAUUUUUUAAAAAAAAUUGUUUGUAGACAGGCCUGCCAAUCUUGGUCUUUUUCCCAGUGGGACAGAUACCUUGUUGCUGUUUUAAUUAAAAAAAAAAAAAAGUGGGACAAA